AUCGUCGUCUGCCAUUGGCCAGCCGCAUGACUCUGCCUAAACUGCUAUUGGUGCAAUUCUGCACCGCGUGAUCAAAUCGACGGGGGCCGUGCCCACAGCGCCAAAAUUCAAAAACGUUUCUGAAUCGGACCGAUGGCGUAAAAUAACAUUACUGAAUCAAAGGUUAUUGAACAUAUCAUGGAUGAUUCGAUUAUACACUGCCACCGCGAACCGUGGCAGCAAUCGAGCGCAGUUGCCCCAAAUGUCGCAGUGAUAUGAAGACACCUGACGCCCGUUGUUCCAGAAGGCAUCAUCAACGUCUAACUGACCAUUCCAGAGCAGAAAAGGAAGUUGGCGGAGGUUGAUUAGUUUAACUCCGUAUCGAGUCUCUGCACUGCAGGGAACUGUUGAACCAAAAUCAAUCAAUUUCUUGUCGAUAGAACUCGGACCCAGAGCUUAAUCCAGUUUAGUUUGACAAAGUAGCGAAUCAUUUGUCAUCGACAGCGUUCAUCUACGAGUGAAGAUAAAGGGGCUUUUCAUUGAUUUGCUGACCAUGAGGCGGAGCCCGAGGAGACCCCUGAUUCUCAAGAGAAGGAAGUUGCCUUUUCAGCAGAAUGAUGAUUCCACGGCAGCUGGUUCUGCGUCCAGCUCCAAGGAGCCGCCAGCGUCGGCAGCGGGUCAGUCCUUCCCCGACAGGAUCCGCAUCAUGAAUCACCCGUCCAUGUCCGACACUCAGGUGGUCGUCAUUCCCAAAGCGGUGGAUCUUCAGGCCAUCAUCGGUGUCCUCACUGCCAAGGGCAAAGAGAGCGGCACCCAGGGGCCCAAUAAAUUCAUCCUUCUGAGUGAGAACAGCGACUGCAGCGGUGGAUCUGUCCGUCAGGUGGCUCCUGAGGUUGACGGCGUCACUAAAAAGAGUACAGAUGGACAACCAGACAAAGCAGAGACCUUCCCCGAUGCUACGCCUCUCACUGGCUCUAAACCAUGUAUGGAAAUAAAAAAGAAAACUGAAUGUGGUCCUUUAGACGACAGCCUCACCAACAUUCAGUGGCUCGGCAGAAUGAGCACGACUCCUUUGAAAGGAGAUGGAGACGAGAAAGAGAACAGCGACCCGAAAAUGGAGGUUUCUCAGGCACACGACGGUCAAACAGACACUGAAGCCGCUCAGCAGCCGACGUCAGAGAGGCCACCGUACUCCUACAUGGCCAUGAUCCAGUUUGCCAUCAACAGCCGAGAGAACAAAAAGAUGACGCUGAAAGAGAUUUACACGUGGAUCGAGGAUCACUUCCCUUACUUUAAAGAGGUGGCCAAGCCGGGAUGGAAGAAUUCCAUCCGUCAUAACUUGUCCCUGCACGACAUGUUCAUCCGCGAGACCACGGCAGACAACAAAGUGUCUUUCUGGACGAUCCGGCCUGAGGUGAACAGAUGCCUCACUCUCGACCAGGUGUACAAGCCUGGUUGUGACCCAGUGACUGCUCCUGUUCCGCUGCAAAUGCUUUUAUAUUCACACCAACAACAGAAGAGGACGCUCCCUGACACGAGGAGGACGCCGGGUGAGAGAAGGAUCAAACCUCUUCUCCCUCGAACCGAGUCCUACCUGGUUCCGAUCCAGCUGCCCAUCGCGUCCCCCGUCUACCUGCCGCCGUCGUCGGCGCAGUUUCCUCCGUGCGUCUCGCAGCAGAAACGAAACCUCUCACGGGCGACAAAGAGAGUGAGGAUCGCACCAAAGGUGACAAAAAGUGAGGCCCCAGCCGUGACAGUGAAGGCGGAGAUAAAGGAGGAGCCCGUGUGUGUGCUGGUCACACGUGUGUCUCCGCGGAGACAGAGCAGCAGCAGCAGCAGCAGCUCGCGGCGUAAACAGCGUCUGGUUCACUCUCUGCACGAGGAGCCCGUCCUCAUCUGUCCUGACAACACUCUCUUUGACUCCGGCGUGGCCUCCGACGCCUCCACGUUCCACGACACGCGGGACGACGAGCACGAGCAGCACGAGCAGCACGAGCAGCACGAGCAGCACGAGCAGCACGAGCAGCACAGCCCCGACCGCGAGUUCUCCUUCAAGACCCCGAUCAAGAGCAGCAGUCAGCUGACCUCCUCCACCCCGAGCAAGCCGCCCUCUCACGUCUUACCCGAGCCGUGGAAAGUGACGCCUGUGGGCAAAGGCAGCCAAAACCUUCUGGAUUUCAGCCCCAUCCGCACGCCGGGCGGUCCCGCCGUGACCCCGCGGCACGAGUACAACACGUUCAGCUUCAACAGCACGCCCUUCAAAGACUGGGCUCUGUUCAACUCCCCCAGAGAGCCGCACGCGUCCUCCAGAGCGUCGGCGGAGUCGUCCGGCGAGGGCCCACAGAGCGGCUGCUCCAGGUCGCUCCUCCAGGCCGGGGGAGCCACGCCCACAGGAGCCCCGCCCGCUAACCGCUCCCUCACUGAGGGCCUGGUCCUGGACACGAUGAACGACAGCCUCAGCAAGAUUCUCGUGGACAUUAGCUUCUCCGGCCUGGACGACGAAGAGCUCGGUUUGGCAAACAUCAGCUGGUCCGAGUUCAUCCCACAGGGUAUGUAGUCACAGGUCCACGAGUCACAUGAUUGUUUUUAACACUACGAGCAGCAGAGCAGGUGCAAAUGUACGUGAAAAUGAGCAAAAAGUAGAGAAACCGGUGUUUAAACAAAUAAUCUCAGCGUUUCUAGUUUUAGCCGAUGGGCUAAUUCCUCAUAGCACACUUCCAAAACACGGCUCGAGUUUGUUGGCUUUGGAAAACUAAUAAUAAAAAUGUUUUUGUGUAAAAAGUUUUAAAACAGAAUGCAAUAAUUUUUCCACUGAAGAAUAUUUUUCUAUUCCGUCGUCUUUCGGUCACUUCACUGAUUCUUGAGUUUGAAACAGACCAUAAAUCACUUCAAACAUGACAUGACAACGUUCCUGUCGAGUAAGAGCAGCAAAUGUCUGUCGUGCAUUUUCAAACAACACUUUAUGAAUCGGCCACAGAUCACCUCAUGACCAGCUCGUCCCUGAUGUAGAAUUGCAGCUUUAAUGAACCUUGUGUUAAUGAACCUUUUUAAACACGCUUGGAUUUAAAGCUGCUCUCAGACGCGGCUGCUCUGUCCUCACCGUCGUCCCGACUGUCCGUCUGUCUCUAAACGACUCGUCUCCAGUUUUGAAGGAAUCUCCAGAGAAUAGAAAUCCGUCUAAAUGUAUAUGUAAUGUUGAUUUUGCACAUUUUAAUAUAUAAUUUGUUGUUUUUAGCUUCAUGUAAAUGAUGAGAUAUGAAUGUUUUUUCCUGAUUGUCCAGUGAGACGCGUCUGUGCCACGUGGUUCGGUCCAUUUGUCCUGGGAUCAGCUUUUAGAUUGUCAUGUAGGAGGUUUUAGCAAUAAUUAUUCUAAUAAUAAUAAUAAACAAAAAGAAAUAGCAUAGUAACCCAAAAAGCACACAAACGAAACAGCAAUAGGAUUGUUUUUUUGUCGUACUACUUCCUCAUUAUCAACGUCAGGGCACUUUGAGGGAAUGUUUUUCAUCAAAAAUGCAAACGUGUGCAUACGGGAGAUUGUUUUUGUCCACGUAUCGCCAUCGUUUGGAGAAUAGAAUGGGAAAAUGUAAAAAUUAGCGUUCGUGUGUUUGCGUAGGUGAGGGUUUUUAACGUUGCUGUUGUCUCUGCUUGUGUUUGUAUGACUGUACAAUAAAACUGUGUUGGUGCCUCACGACACAACCAAGUGCUUUUUA